AUGGAAGAAGGACCGUUCGAUAGUGAUCAGUCGGAGCUACAAUGGUGGGAUCGGCUUCCGUCGGUUCCUGCGGGGCUUACAGAUAGACAUGCUAGCCCCUUCUUCAACAUCGAACCCUCUUGGGAGUGGCCAAACCUGACUUCACUUGUGCUGACUUCAAAGUUACUUGCACCAGACAAAAGCCCAAUCGAGAUUGGAGCUAUGCUUCAGGCCGCGGCGGCAGUGGCAACAAAGAUGCCACAGCUGAAGACAAUGGAGAUUUGGAACGGACGAAAGGGCGUCGCGGCGCUCUUUAAGUACCAGGUGUUUCACGAUAUACAGCAAGCUAGAAUUAUUUGGAGAGGCACCUGGGAAUAUAUCAUGGAACCGUCCGUAGUCCGGGCUUGGGAAGCUUUCGUACAACAGCACCAUGGUUGGAGACUUGAUCUAACUCAGGAACUACUGGAUGAAGCUGCUAUUAAAUCCCACGGUGAUGCAAUUGGCUACCUUAGGCUUUCGGGUCAGGUCAUUCGACCCAUUUCGUUGCAGCAGAUUCGGAUAGAACAAAGAGCACUGAAGGGCGUAAUGGCAAUGUCAGAAUGA